CCCCUUCUCUCUCCGUCUCAGCUGAAUCCGCCGGGCCUGCUGACUAUGCCCCGGAGCCCCACCUCCAGUGAGGAUGAGAUGGCCCAGAGCUUUUCAGACUACUCCGACUGCGACUCCGACACCUCCCACGAAGAGACCAUCUACGAGACCAUAAGGGCCACCGCCGAGCCGCCGCAGAACCACAUGGACGACAUCCACAUCAACUCGCUGGUCAUCCGCAUCGUCAUCCCCGACCUGCAGCAGACGGCCAAUCUAAGGAAGUUCAUGGACCUCAUCCAGCACAACCAGGUGGACAAAGUGUCCAAGAUGUUGGAGAGGGGCUUCGACCCCAAUUACCACGACAGUGAGACCGGUGAGAGUCCUCUGACGUUUGCUGCUCACCUGGACAACAUGGUGGGGUUGAUCAAGGUGCUGAAGACGGGCGGAGCUCACCUGGACUACAGAGCCAAAGACGGCAUGACCGCCCUCCACAAAGCCGCACGCUCCAGGAACCUGGACUCACUCACGACCCUGCUGGAGUUGGGAGCUUCUCCGGACUACAAGGACAGCCGUGGUCUGACUCCUCUGUACCACAGCGUGAUGGUUGGGGGGGACCCGGGCUGCUGCGAGCUCCUGCUCAACCACCACGCCUCGGUCUGCUGCCAGGACGAGAACGGCUGGCAUGAAGUUCACCAGGCUUGCCGUCACGGCCAUGUGCAACACCUGGAGCAUCUGCUGUUCUACGGCGCAGACAUGAGCGCCCAGAACGCCUCGGGGAACGCCGCUCUCCACAUCUGUGCCCUGUACAACCAGGUGAGCACGUCUCUACUUCAUAAGAACAGAGAUGGCAAAACUACUUCCUUCCCGUACUCAACGCGCCGGCCACUCAGAGAAACAGGCCUAAACUUGUGUGAUUACAGCUCCGGGCUCCAUGUGUGGGUGGAGAGUGCAACUGUGAUAAAGAUAGAUGCGGACCGGCUGCAGAUCGGCUCCAGGACGGCAUCGGGGUCAUUUGGUUUCUGUUUCGAUGAUUGGGGAGGACUGUAUAAUUUGCUGGUCUUUACAAGGUGUGGCCACCAGGGGGCGUCGGUCGCCAUCAUCGCCGGGAACUUUGAGCUCGCUGAACUCAUCAAGAACCACAAAGAGACGGAUAUAGUGCCUUUCCGCGAGGCCCCAGCCUACUCCAAGCGCCGCCGGGGCCCGUCUUCUGGCAGCGGAAACGAGCCGUCCCCCUCCUCGUUAUCAGCGCCGCGGGUCCUGCUGCGCUCCAACAGCGACAACAACCUCACAGUCAGUCAGUACCAGCAGCAGCAGCACGGUUCUCCUGGCAACUGGGCCCCCCAUCUGCAGCAACACGCCCAGCCCCACCCACACAGGGCCCCCCAGCAGGGUCUCUCGCAGCCUGGCUCCUCAGCAUUACACCGCAGCCUGUCUCCCCAGCUGCUCCAGCAGAUGCCCAGCGGCAGCCCAAAUGGCAACGUGGUGGUCCGGACCAUGGGGAGGGGGGCACGGAGCCGCUCACCCUCCCUCAGCCGGCUCGGGGAGGAGGCCCGCCGAGCUCCGCCUGCACAGCGCCAGCCCAAUCCCAGCGGUCCGGGCGAGCCCGUGGUCUCCAGGAGGAAGCUGUACAGCGCCGUCCCCGGCAGACACUUCGUGGUGGUUCGCCCGUACGUCGCCCAGGCCGAGGGAGAGAUCACCCUGUACAAGAGCGACAGGGUCAAAGUUCUGAGCAUCGGGGAGGGGGGGUUCUGGGAGGGCAGCGCCCGCGGCCAGGUGGGCUGGUUUCCAGCAGACUGCGUGGAGGAGGUCCCGGCCAAGGCCGCCGACGAGAGGAGCUAUUCCCGAACGGACCGCGCUGACAGACGGAAGCUCUUCAGACACUACACGGUGGGAUCCUACGACAGCUUCGACGCCUCCAGUGACUGCGUGGUGGACGAGAAGACGGUGGUGCUCCAGAAAAAGGAGAAUGAGGGAUUUGGCUUCGUCCUGCGAGGGGCAAAAGCGGACACGCCCAUCGAGGAGUUCACCCCCACGCCGGCCUUCCCCGCCCUGCAGUACCUGGAGUCUGUGGACGAGGGAGGGGUGGCAUGGCAGGCGGGGCUCCGGACCGGCGACUUCCUCAUCGAGGUGAACCAGGAGAAUGUGGUGAAGGUGGGCCACAGACAAGUGGUCAACAUGAUCCGCCAGGGAGGCAACCGGCUCCUGAUCAAGGUGGUGACGGUGAGCCGGAAUCUGGACCCCGACGACACGGCACGCAAAAAAGCCCCCCCGCCUCCAAAGAGAGCCCCGACCACCGCCUUGUCCAUGCGCUCCAAGUCCAUGACCUCUGAACUGGAGGAACUGGACAAGGUCGAAGAGAUGACGCACGCCCAGAAGUCCUCGCCUGUCGACACCAAGAUUGCCACAAUCAAACCACGCCCAUCCAGCCGCUGUCUGGUGACGGCAGCUGAUAUGAAUUCCAUGUAUCACGACCGCCAGGGAGUAGCAGUGGUGCCACCCACUGUGCCAGGGGCCUUUCUGGGGAUACCUGAAAAGAGCACUUUGAAAAAGCAAAAGUCCAUAGGUACAUCGGAGGAUGAGAAACAGGGAUUCCUCACACCUCCCCUACUCAAGUUCUCCCGCAGCCUCUCCAUGCCCGACACCUCAGAAGACAUUCCUCCUCCUCCAGCCAUCUCACCUCCUUCGCCACCGGACUACAACUCAGCUGCUGCCUCAACGCCCAAGAGCUACGGCACCACGCGACCCAGCUUCACCCAGAACUCACCCAAUGCAGUGAAGACGAUUAGCCGGACCACCGACGUUGGCACAUUAAGGCGUGGUUAUUUCCGCCAGAGCUCCGAGCACUUUGAGACCACACGCAGUCGAGGGCGGACGCCAGUGCCAGAGAACCCUUACUCCGAGGUGGGCAAUAAGACACUGUAUGUGCCAGCCAAACCAGCUCGAAGGAAGGGCAUGCUAGUAAAGCAGCCCAACGUCGAGGACAGUCCCGAGAAAACGUGUCGCAUGCCAGCUAACCCCUCGGGCGCGGUUUCCAUGCCUACUACGCCAGUAGAACGAACUUGCUCUUCCAUUCCCAUCCCCACUAUCAUCGUUAAGGAGCCCUCCACAAGCAGCAGUGGAAAGAGCAGCCAGGGUAGCAGUAUGGAGAUUGAGCCCACCACCCCUGAACACCCACCUCUAACGCCCACUGUUUGUGGUCUGCGUCCUGAUGACCCUAUGUCUCUAAGCAACCCCUUUGCGGCAGCUAUUGCCGGAGCAGUACGGGACCGGGAAAAGAGGCUAGAGGCGAAAAAGCAUUUACAUUCCUUCCAGUCAGUAGACAUGGGGGACGAUGACUUCGGUGGUCCCACACCAACACCUCGCCUUCGGCAUUCAAAGUCUAUCGAUGAAGGCAUGUUUAGUAGCGACGAGCGGCUUCGAAGGAUAUUGGGUCCCCCUCUCGCAUCACAGCUUGGGCCCCCUGUUGGGGGAGGUAGUGGCAACAUGACAGAUUUCAACACUCCUGAGCCUACAGUGGUACGGGAACCUCUAAACACUAGAACAGGCCAGUGUCCUAACCUGGACAGUCCGGUUAGUCUCCCUGCCACUCCUCCUAAGAGCCACUACAGGGCCAACGGGACCUACCUCCAUCCUGUCACCGGCAAGCCCUUGGAUCCUAAUUCUCCACUUGCUCUGGCCCUGGCAGCUCGUGACCGGGCGAUGAAGGAGCAACAAAACCAUCCUCAGAAUCAGACACCAAAUCCUCCUCAGGUUCAGCAGACGCCCAAGCACGAAGCCCAGUCCCUCCCGAUUCAGCCAAGCCACAAACCAGACCUCCACCAACCGCUCUUUAUCGACACCAAACUACGCUCUGGGAUCGAGACAAGUUUCGCUGCGAUCUCCUCAGCAACCAUGGGCCGGCCUGGCCGAGGCGGUCUGCGGAGGCAGGCCACGGAGCAGAAGUAUGAGUCUGAUGGGGCACGGGAAGAACGGCAGCACCAGCCACUUGAGGAGAGGAAAAGUGCGCCAGCCGAUGUGGCAGACGCAUCACCGCCCAAGUCAACCGGGCUGUUGAUGGUCCACACCAGCAACGAAGCAAGCAACAAGGUGAACAACCAAGAGGUGGAGGGCCAGGACAGCAACAGGCCUUCUGAGCUGAAGGACCCCAACCAACCCGAUCCUAUCAACGCUACAACACUGUCCGUCGAUCCUCAGCCCCCCUCAUUACGAAGGAGGAGCAUUCCCUUAGGCGAGUCCCUGGACGAACCCGUAAAGCUGCCCUUCCGCAUCCCCCCUCCCCCUCUGGCAUCAGUUGACAUCGAUGAGGACUUUGAGUUCUCGGAGCCCCUUCCCCCGCCGCUAGAGUUCGCCAACAGCAUUGACAUUCCCGAUGACCAAGCUAGUGCCAUUGCAGAGAUGCUUCAUCAAAAGAGAAGGAAUGGGGGACACCCUCUACCCCCAUACCAUGCGCACGCCCCACCGCCUGUCACUGAUCAACACAAACGGGUGGCAAACAGCAUGCCCCCCUCAUAUCCUCCCCUUCCGCCUGACUCAGAGUCAGGGGUGGGCGACUCAGGCAUCGAAGAGGUAGACAGCCGCAGUAGCGGGGAUCCUCAGCACAUGGAGACCACCAGCACCGUUUCCAGCAUCUCCACCCUGUCAUCGGAGGGGGGCUUCUGCGACAGCGCUCUGGAGAGCCUUUACGCCACCGCAGACGGGCACGCCUUCCUGGUGGAUCGGCCCCCUGUGCCACCCAAACCCAAGGGCAAGUCUGUCAUCAACAGAACAUCGCUUUAUCAUGACACUCUCAUUGAGGAGCCCCCGGAGUCCUAUGGGUUGCCGCCUCAGGCCCCUCCCCCUCCCCCUUCAUCCUCGGAACCACCUAGGACUCCAACUCAAAGGACAUCCAAGUUGUGGGGCGAUCAGCCUCCUGAGCUGCGCAGCCCCCCAUCCACACCAGACUCCAAGAACACAGUUAUCACCGAGCUGAGCUCCAUUCUGCAGCACAUGAAUCGCGACAGGCCAGCCAAGCCAGGAGAAAGCCUCGACUCCCCCACAGGGACCAGGGGGGGCUUUGGAACAAGGCUUCCCGCAGACGACUCAGGGAUGCGUAACAACGCUGCGGCUGCUGCCCUCGCCUCCACCCCCCCCAGCAGCCUCCCCUCCCAGACGCACCCCUGCAGCCCGCCGGACUCCGGCUCCUCGCUCACCCCCUGCUCCUCGCUGCCGCCCUCCGUGUCUCCCACCCUCACCGACGUCUUCGGCCUGCCCACCCCGCCCAUGGGCAGCGGCGGCGGCGGCGCCUACAGCCUGAGCUCCUCGUGCGGCGGCAGCGGGAGCUCGCGCUCGCCGUCGCCGCUCACUCUGAUGCAGGCGGUGGCGGCCUCGGGCAAGCCCUUCGCCUCCAAGCCCGUGGAGCUGUGGAGCAAGCACGACGUGGCGGACUGGCUGGAGAGCCUGAACCUGGGCGAGCACCGGGACGCCUUCCUGGACAAUGAGAUCGAGGGCGCCCACCUGCCCUCGCUGCAGAAAGAGGACCUGAUAGACCUGGGCGUGACCAGGGUGGGGCACCGCAUGAACAUCGAGCGGGCCCUCAAGAUGCUGCAGGACAGAUAGGCCCCGAGGAGACUGGGGGUGGGGGGGCGGCGUGUGGAGCCCGAGGACCGAGGAACAGGGAGCGGGGACGUGGUUCCGAUCACUUUUUACCGAUCUCUUCAUCAGACACAAUCUCAAGUCCUUGAACUGGUUUUCUCUGUCCUAGCUAAUGCUGCCUCUCGCUGUUUUUUGUCCUCUCUCAUCCUCCGUCCGCCCUCAUCUCAGCGCUCCGGUCUCGCCCGCCCUCGCCCGCCCUCUUCAAUUUCUUCCCGCCGCCCUGAGCACCGAGGGAUCACGGGAUGUCGGGCGGACCCGCGGGGGGAGGGAGAAGAGAAUAGCUGCUACGUCACAUCAAGGAGAGCAAGAAGCGGAGGAUGCCAGUACGAAGGACUGACCAGAAAACAAAAAUAACUGUGGAAUAGUGUGUGUCCUCAAACAUGUCUGGAGGUUUAUUUCACAUACAAGACUCAUGCUCACCCCACUGCUUUGGAAUACUAGAAGACUUUUUCCAUACACCUCGGUGGGGGUGCAUGAAGAACCAGCUGAGCUGGUCGUUGCUCCUUUUCUAUCUUUGCUAGAGUUUGUUCAGAAAAUGAUAUUUCUUCACUAGAGUCCUACCGGAGUUAUAUUUCUGGGUGCAUCUAAAGUUGUAGAGACAAAUUUGAGAUAGAGACUUUUUUGUUGUUGUUGUUGUUUUCCACCUCGUUUGUGUCAAAAUAAGAGCAUUAGCUGACAUCUUUAAAGAAAUACUAAACCAUAUCUUGUGUCCUUACACACACACACACACACACACACACAGACACACUUUAUGCACAGUGCCACACACUGACAAACAAGAAUACACACUUUCUUCACAGAUAUACACACCCUAAGCAUGUGUACACACACCGUUACUGCAAUGGCCUUCUUCUCCUGAGAGAGAGCAACGCGUGGAGCGAGGUGGUCACCCGAGGAGGAGGUCUGCUGUUACUGUUGCAGGCCCCCCCCCCUCCCCCCCCACCAGGGGCCCCUCGCCAGUCUACACCCACCCCGGUGUCCACCUCAUCACACAAGGAAAACCAAGGGUAGGACACGAGGUACAAGACGGACAGACAAACGUUGGACCCGAGACGUUUUACCGGCUUGUCUGUCUGCAAAGGGCGUCCUUGUCCCUCUUGGCUUUGCCUUCUAGUUUUGUGUGUAUGAGUGUGUGUGUGUGCGCGUGUGUGUGCGUGGGUGUGUUUCACUGUUCAACCCAAAAUAUCAAUUAAGGCCAGUUUAGCUAUUUCCAUGGGUCCGCUAUAUAUAUAUAGGCCACAGUGUAGGGAAACUAGAGCUGUACUUUACUUUAGUACUUUACUUUCCUUCUCUUCAUUCUGUCAGAUAUUCUUCCACGUCACCAUCAGCAGGUCAUCACAGAUGUUCACGUGGCCCCGCGGCGAUGUUGAUGUUUCAGACACCCUGUGUGUGUAGAAAUUGAGGUGUUUUGAGAGAGUUUUACAAGGCAUGUUUUAAGGAACAGUUUGACAUUUUUGGGAAAUACGCUCCUUCGCUUUCUUGCCAUUAGUUAACACGUGCACGUAACGUGGUCAUGUUCGAACCCUGUUUGCGGCUAUCGGCCGUAUUUACAUCCGCUCUGACGCAGUUUUCGGUCUUUUUAAUUCAAUUUAAUUUGAAUUAUCGUGUCAAAUUAUAACGGAAGUUAUCUCAGGACACAGAGUAUGUCUAGACCACACCGUAUGAUUUACAGAGGCCCUGACAACGGUUCCCCCUCAAGAGCAAGCAAUUGGUUCCUUGGUGUUUUCACAGUGCUUUUCAUAGUUUUUACACAUCUAAGAAUCUAUGUUUUAAUUUUCAUAAGUGUACAUGGACAUUAACAUGUCUAAUUAGUAUUCAAAAGGGAUUUUAAAGAGAGAAACCAGCAAGAACGCUUGGAGUGAUGCUCAGGUGGCGGUACAGGUGGAUAUUUGGGAGCUUUUACCCCAUAAUUUGGAGUUGUUGGAGCA